GCGGCAAGCGAGAAAAGUCAAGAAGACAAAGUGUAAAGAGCAUCAUGGACUUUUCUGCAACAGUGAUCUUGGCAGGGCUGAUCUUAAUUCUGCUUUGGUUGUUUAGUGUAAAAAACCGUCAGAAGUAUUGUUUGCCUCCAGGACCUAUUGCACUUCCUCUCAUAGGCAACCUGCUACAACUGCACAAAAAUGAACCUUUUAAAAGCUUUCUUAAGUUCAGUGAAACCUAUGGUCCUGUGAUAACAUUGUACCUGGGCUGGCAUCGGACAGUUGUUCUGGUAGGAUAUGACGCAGUGAAGGAGGCUCUGGUAGACCAGGCAGAUGACUUUACAGGCAGAGGGCCGCUGCCAUUUCUGAUCAAAGCUACCAAGGGCUUUGGCUUGGGGAUCAGUAAUGGGGAACGCUGGCGCCAACUGAGACGUUUCACAUUAACAACCCUAAGAGACUUUGGGAUGGGACGCAAGGGGAUGGAGGAGUGGAUUCAAGAGGAGAGCCAACACUUGAGAGCCAGCAUAAAUACAUACAAAGCCACGUCAUUUGACCUCACACUAUUGCUGAGCCGAACAGUGUCCAAUGUGAUCUGCUGCCUGGUGUUUGGCCAACGCUUCAGUUAUGAAGACAAGCAAUUCCUACGCCUCCUCAAUAUCAUAGCUGAGAUGCUGAGGUUCAAUAGCAGCCCCCAGGGUAUGAUGUACAACAUCUUUCCCUGGCUCAUGGAGCGUCUGCCUGGCCACCAGCACACUGUUUUUGCCCAGAUUAAAGAGGUGAGACAGUUUAUCAAGAUGAAGAUCCAAGAGCACAAGGAGACACUGGACCCUAGCUCCCUGAGAGACUAUAUUGACUGCUUUCUCAUCCGAAUCAAUCAGGAAAAGGACAUUUCCACAACUGAGUUCCUCUAUGACAACUUGGUGUCUACGGUGAUGAAUCUGUUCCUGGGAGGAACAGAAACCACCAGCUCCACCAUCAGAUAUGCCCUCAGUGUACUGAUUAAACAUCCCAACAUACAAGAGAAAAUGCAGCAGGAGAUUGACACUGUGAUUGGACAAGACCGUUGUCCCAGCAUGGAGGACAGGAAGUCCCUCCCCUUCACAAAUGCAGUCAUCCAUGAAGUUCAGCGUUUUCUGGACAUUGUCCCCUUUAGCCUCCCUCACUAUGCACUCCAGGACAUCUCUUUCAGGGGUUAUACAAUCCCCAAGGGCACUGUGAUUGUUCCCUUGUUACACUCUGUACUGAAAGAGGAAAAGCAAUGGGCAACUCCCUGGUCCUUCAACCCCGAACACUUCUUGGACCAGAAUGGCAACUUUAAGAAAAAUCCUGCUUUCCUGCCAUUUUCUGCAGGGAAGAGAGCCUGUGCUGGCGAGUCUCUGGCUCGUAUGGAACUUUUUAUAUUUCUGGUGUCACUGCUGCAGCAUUUCACCUUUUCCUGCACUGAAGGCCCUGACAGUAUAAACCUCAUUCCAGAGUACAGCAGUUUUGCCAAUUUGCCUCGCAGAUACCAGAUCAUCGCCACACAGCGUUGAGAAGAAGAGCUCUAGUCAGACAGUCUAUUAUCACUUGAAGAACUCACCAGGAUGACUAUACAACAUACACUGCUUUAUUGUGAUGUAUUUGUACAGUUGAAGUUUCCUGUUACAUGGCUGAUAUACUGUAGCAGAAAGGCCCAUCAGACGUAAGAUGUAAUUUAAUCAAUUCUUGGUUAAAAAUUAAUAAUUACAUUACUACUAUAAAAGUCUUUUUUGUGCAAAUGGCAAUAAAUCAUGUGGAACAAUUG